GCAGAAGAUCAUGAUGAUGCUGAUGAUUGGAAUGAAUGAUCCUUAAUAAAGAAGAAACAUGAUCCGGAUAGCUGCUCUGAAUGCGGCGUCUCAGGCUGCGGAUGAGCAUGAAGACGCCGUCAGAAGCACUAAACCUAGUCAAACAAAGGAAGCCCAGGAGGCAGAAGCAUUUGCUCUGUAUCAUAAAGCUCUUGAUCUGCAGAAACAUGACAAGCUUGACGAGUCUGCCAAAGCCUACCAUGAGCUCCUCAAGACCCCACUGCUCAAGGAGGCAGUGGCAUCUGAAGAUGAGAAAGUUGAACUCAAGCAUCCUGGACUGAUGCUGAAGUACUCCACCUAUAAAAACCUGGCCAGUGUUGCUGUGCUCAGAGAUGAUUUAGACACUGCCAUGGACUUCUAUGUGCAGGCUGUCAUGCUGGACUCCACAGAUGUGAAUAUGUGGUAUAAGAUGGGAAAGUUGGCUUUGAGGAAGGCCAGCAUGCCUUUGGCCCGCCAUGCGUUUGAGGUGGGCUUACGCUGUAACCCGGACCACUGGCCCUGCCUGGACAGUCUCAUCACGGUCCUCUACGCUCUCAGUGACUACAGCUGUUGCCUGUACAACAUCUGUAAGGCUCUGGAGAAGGACACCGGCUACAGUAAGGGGCGAGUGCUCAAAGAGAAGAUCUUUGAAGAGCAGCCCUGCCUCAGACGAGACUCUAUGAAGAUGUUCUCCAAACUUGAUGUGUCAGUGCAGUACGUGGAUGUAGAUGAGGAGGAAGCCCACAGCAUUGUAGAGGAAGCGCUGGAGCUGAGGAGACAGAGACAGGCUAAACUCACACGGCAUCCUGUAGCUGACCUGCAGCUGGUUCUGCCCAUCAAAUACUUCACGUGGAAGAGCGUUGGGGAGAGUUUCUUGGCCAUGUACAAACACCAGAACGCUUGCCUGGUCCCACGGCCUGACUUCGGCCGCCGCAUCGACCUGUCAAUGUACCGUGACCCGGACUGCCUCGUGCAAAUGCCCACCAGCACUCCAGCGCCUGCUGCCACUGCUGCUUCAGACCCCCCUCAACCCCCCAUACCCGUCAGUGUACCUCAGGCCCCCCCUGCCCCUCCUCCAGGUCCCAGUAGCCCGAGUGCCAGUCUGCACCCAUCCACCGAGUUCUUUGUCCAGCUGCAGGCCCCGCCCAGCACUGAUGCAGGAGCGCUGCAGAACCAGAACGUCAUUGAGAUCACCACUACACCCACAGUCACCACUACUGCUGCCAAUGGAACUGAGGAUGCCACCGUUACCACGGUUACUACUGCUGCUCUGGACGCUGCCUUGAAUGACAAAGUGAAAAAAGGCACUAAGAGAAAACGUGUGGUAGAGGACACCGUAGAGACGGCGAAGAGGCGCUCAGCACGUGUCCGCAACACCAGAUGCAAGAAAGAAGAGAAGAUUGACUUCCAAGAACUCCUGCUCAAAUUCCUCCCCUCUAGAUUGAAAAAGUUUGAAGAUGAUGAAGAUGAGGAGAGUCUCAGUAACAUGGGCUCACAGUGUGACAGCAAACUUGACUCCCAGUCGAACCGCGGAUCCAACUCCUCCGAGUACAUCAUCUCUGUGGAGACAGAGCGGAAGGACGUUCACGCGUUCCUGUUGGCGAACAUGCAGAACGGCGGCAUCCUGGAGCUGAUGAUGCGGUAUCUGAAGGUGGUGGGGCAGAAGUUUCUGGAGGAGUGGCCAGCGGGCCUCAGCACAGUGGUGCUGGAUCUGUUCAACUGCUGGAGGAAACACAGCGCUGGGCUGCCCAAUCCACUGCUCAGAGAUUCCAGCAACCAGCACAUAAAGGAAAUGAUGCUGAUGUGUCUCUGCUGUCUGGAGCUGCAGUUGGAGCAGAAGUCCAUGAUGAAGGGCAAGAACAUGUCUCAGAGGAAGACCAUGUCUGGCUCAGGAAGGGAUUGUGGGGACGUUGAUGGUCCAGAGACACGCUUUCAGACAGAUAUAUUCCUUCUGACCAUGGCCUCCUCUCAGAGAGAUCUGUUUGAAGACGAUUGGCUCUCUUUUGCCGUCAGAGUUCACUGGCUCAAAGCACGAUACCUUGCCUUUCAGGGUGACAUGGAGGAGGCGCUGGAGUGUUACGACAUGUGUGUCGGUCUGCUGAAAUGUCAGACAAGUGAGAUGGAAAAAAUCACCGUCCUCCUGCCCAACCUCAGCGUGGACAAUGCCAUCUCUAUAGAGGAGAUUGAGAAGAAGUUGAAGUCUCUAGAGCGAUGUCAGUCUCUAGAGGAGAUCCAGAGACUGUUCGACACGGGAGACUACCAGUCUGUGGUCCGUCUGCUGCAGCCCACACUGAGCUUCGGCCCCAGCUCGGCACGACUGAAACCUCUAGAUUACAUCAGCUCUGCUCCUGAAAGACCAGCACAGCUCUUACUGCUGCAGAGCUCCCUGCUGCGACUGAAAGACUACAGCUCCUGCCUCGAGACAUCUGAAGUGUCUCUCAAUGAGGCCAUACAGCACUUGAACUCUGGAUUACCCAGCAGCCCCUCUGCCAAGGAGGAGUGGGUGUCCACCGUCACGGCCCUGCUGAAGGGCGUCGAAAGCUGCAUCACUGAAAAACCUGAGCUGCUCAGUCACACCCCUCGACCCGCAUACCUACCGCGCCUCGCCAACAACCUCAUACAGUUGAUAGCCAACAGCAUGGUCUUACCUGAUGACCCCAAAGAGGCUCAUUUUUCAUCGCUGUUGCCAUGGAUUCUGCUGUACCGCCUCAUCAAACAGGAAGAGGCAGCCUUUGACUGCAUGCUGCGGCAGCACAUCGCAGAUGAGGAUGAUGAUGAGGAUGAUACUCCGUUGCUGCCCUCCUCCCUCAUGCUUCUGAACACAGCGCAUGAAUACCUGGGCCGUCGCUCCUGGUGCUGCAACUCUGAUGGCACUUUACUCAAAUUUUUUGUGCGUGUAUUGCGGGAGAAGCUCGCAGGACAUGAGAAUCUGCCAUAUAAAGAAGAUCUAGAGACGGCACUUGAGCAGUGUUUCUUCUGCCUGUAUGCUUACCCGAGCAAGAAGAGCAAAGCGCGAUACCUGGAGGAGCAUUCUGCCCCACAGGUGGAGCUUCAUUGGGAUGAUGCCGUCUUUAUGUUUGAAUACUUUAAACCCAAGACCUUGCCAGAGUUUGACAGCUAUAAGACCAGCACUGUCUCUGCUGACCUUGCCAACCUGCUUAAAAGGCUUUCUGGAAUAAUCCCACGUAGCAAUGGCCCCACGCUCUCUGUAGAUGACGUGUCUGCCUAUAUCGAAGGAGGUGCUCUGAAGGUGCCAGCGCUUCCAGAAGGAGCUUCCCCGGCACCCCUUGUGGUUAAUGAGCUGUACUACCUGCUAGCGGACUACCACUUCAAAAACAAAGAGCAGUCGAAAGCCAUCAAGUUCUACGUGCACGACAUCUGCAUGUGUCCCAACAGGUUUGACUCAUGGGCAGGCAUGGCACUGGCACGCGCCAGUCGCAUCCAGGACAAGCUGAACUCCAAUGAGCUCAGGAGUGACGGACCCAUCUGGAAAAACUCUCUGGCUGUGCUGACCUGUUUCAAACGGGCUCUGGAGAUAGACCGCUCCAACCUCUCCCUAUGGAUCGAGUAUGGUACCAUGUCCUAUGCCUUGCACUCCUUCGCUUCCAGACAGCUCAAACAAUGGAAACACGAACUUCCUCCUGACUUGAUCAAACAGAUGGAAGAGCGCAGAGACUCGAUGUUGGAGACGGCGUCGCAGUGUUUUCAGAGCGCUUCUCGCUGUGACGGCGAUGAGGAGGAGUGGCUCAUUCACUACAUGCUGGGGAAGAUUGCUGAGAAGCGCAAACUGCCGCCCAAAGACUACCUGCAGCUGUACAAAAUGUCUGCACACUACCUGCAUGAGGAGGCAGCCAGAUACCCACGCAAAAUCCACUACCACAACCCACCGGACCUCGCCAUGGAGGCCUUAGAGCUGUUUUUCCGCCUGAGCGCCACCAUUCUGAAGUUGCUGGAGAAUGAGGAAGAUGAUGGUGAACAGUCUGAGCAGCAAAUGAAGCUUCUGGAUUAUGAGCUGUUCUUCAACAUGCUCUCCGAAGCUGCCGUCGGACCCUUUGCACGCGGAGAGGAGAAAACCACGGCCAAAACCAGCAAUGACAAGGAAAAGCUUCCAUCCAUUAACGAUGAAGACUCGCGCUCCUCGGCUGGCGUGAGUACCUGUCCACAAGCGUUGACCACCUCAUCUGUCACAUCUGUGGUGGCUCCAACAACUGCUUUGCCUGGUGACGGUGCGGCAGGUGCGAGUUCUCCCCCGUACGUGGUCACUCCGGUCGACCACGAUUACAUCAAAUGUAAAAGCCUGCAGCAGAGGCACAGGCAGGGGCAGGAGCUCCAGCAGCAGCAGCAGCAGGACGCUGACUUCUCACGUGACCAUGACUACUGCCUGUGUUUCUCUGCUUUGCGGCCAGGAUCUGUGUAUGAGCAAAGUCAGGACAGCGUUGCUGGCAUGUCGGACUCCAGCUCCUUGCAGGAUGUCUUCAUGGACGCCACCAGCUCACAGGACAGCAGCCACAAGGUCGAUUCUGGGAAGUGUAGUAUUUUUCCGGAAGAAUCAAAUGCCACUGGAAAAGAGAAACCGGCCACAGCAGAGGAUGCAGGCCCCUUGGAGGACAAGAACAUGGAUAUCAGCUCUGCCACACUCUCUCAAGAAUCUUCAGUCACACAAGAGUCUUCAGACACCACCUUAUCCAUCACCUCCCCUGAGGCCUCUGUCCCCAAAACCCCUACCACAGACACCCCGACCCAAGCUCCACCUCUGCCACUGCACUCCACCCAACCACACAGACCCCACCCUCAGACCAGCUCCUCCACUGAGUGCAAGCGCAGGCCAGAGCCGCCGCCUCCGCUGGAGGUGAUAGAGUUGCCUAAGUGUCUGCCGCCGGGAUGGCGAGAGCAGAGGAAAACACUAGUGGAAGUGUGUGUGAGGUCUCUCUUCCUGUGUCUGAGUCGCUACCCGCAACACUACAAGAGUCUCUAUCGUCUGGCCCACCUGUACUCCUACAGCAAGAAACACAAGAACCUGCAAUGGGCACGAGACGUGUUGCUAGGGAGCAGUGUCCCAUGGCAACAGCUGAAGCACAUGCCGGCACAAGGACUUUUCUGCGAGAGGAAUAAGACCAAUCUGUUCAACGGCAUCUGGCGUAUUCCAGUAGAUGAGAUCGAUCGUCCUGGUAGUUUUGCAUCUCAUAUGAACAGAUCCAUCGUGCUCUUGCUGGAUGUUCUAUCUCAACUGAAAGAUCACCACACUUUACUUAAAAUCUCCCUCAUGCUUCAGAGAACCCCUGAUCAGGGAAAGAAGUACUUGCGAGAUGUGGACCGACAAGUUUUGGCCAAGCGAGCAUUUUUCUUCACUGUAAAAGUGCUGGAAGACAAUCUGGAUAAACUCACAGGGGUAAGUGAUCCCCCUAAACCGUCUGCCACCUCUAUGGGUGAAAUGACCACUGCGGAUGUGUCCAACCAACCUCCUGCUGUGGAGGACCCCAAAUGCUCCCACACCACCCAGCCUAAAGCAGGACUCCCCGACACCCCUAAGGACUCAGGAAGUGAGACCGGACCUCCUGGUAUGCCUCAGCAAUGUUCAGCCACUCUUCAGCUCUCCCUGGAGCCUUUAAAUCAGGCGACAGUGUCCGCCGUUCACCCCAGAGAAGGUACUUCAGGACUUAUAGAGCCUAUGGAGCUUGGCCCGGGAUCAUGGCCAGGUGCCUCAAUAUUCAAAGACCCUCAAACACCUGUUGAAACUGGACCACAGGAGCAGGUGGUGGUUAAAUCGGCGGCAGAGGAGGCCGAUAAGGUCCCAGAGAGCAGUCGGGCGUCGGAGCUGUCACUGGAGGAGUUAAGCAUUAGCUCAAAACAGCAGCAGCUACAGAAUCAGGUGAACGCAGCUAAAGGAGCACUUAGUAUGGUCACAACACCAACAGCCAGCAACCCCACACCUCUAGCCAGUACCCCUGAGGUGGCACUACAGCAGAGACCCAGCAGGAAGAGGAAACUGUUGGAUGACGUGGAGUCGGGCAAGACGCUGCUUUUGGAUGCGUACAGGGUGUGGCAGCAAGGCCAGAAGGGCAUGACCUAUGACCUGCGGCGCAUCGAGAAGAUCAUGUCCGAGACCUACAUGCUGAUCAAGCAGGUGGAUGAGGACGUAGCAUUGGAUCAAGCUGUUAAGUUCUGCCAGAUUCAGAUGGCGACGUCGGCACAAAGACAGAGCUCCAGUGAUGCACCCAGCACUCCCAAGUUUAGUAAAGACCAGCGAGACAUCUUCUUCCCAACAUCGUUCUCCACGCCGUGCCUCCACACGCACAUGUACCCAGCACCAACGCAGGACGGGGAGGCCAAGCUGAGCAAGACCCCUCGACCGCUUCUCAUACAGCCGCAGACACACAGCACUCCAACACAGAUCUACUGCCCGCCCUCCAGCCAACCCGACCAAUCACAACAGCGGAAAACACCUAGCCAGCCAAUAGCAAGCAUGGCCUUCUUGCCUCACACAGAGGACAGAGAGGAGCUGGUUACUGAGGGUCUGCUGUACCGCCAGCAGGAGUCCCAUCUGUGCCAGCAGAUGAAGAUGACCACCGUCUCUCAGAUUCACAGUCACGAGCCCCCGUCCUGCUCAACACAAACCAGCACAGAAAGUGACCAGUCAAAGCAGGGAGAUGCAAAUCGCAUCCGGUCCAGAAUUCCUCCCAACAUGCCCAAACUGGUGAUCCCCUCCACAGUCACUAAAUUCCCCCCAGAGAUAACAGUCACGCCCCCCACACCCACCCUGCUCUCCCCGAAGGGUAGCAUCUCUGAGGAGACCAAACAGAAACUCAAGAAUGUGAUCCUGUCCUCUCAGUCGGCAGCUAACGUGAAGAAAGACACUCUUGCUCAGCCCGCUUUAGAGGUGCAAGAGACAUCGAGUCAGGAGUCCUCUCUUGAAAGCGAGUCGGAUGAGGAAGACGACUACAUGGACAUUUGAACUGUCAAGCUUUGAGUCGCACUGCUGCAGAACUCUCAAGCUGAGCUCUGAAGCAAAAUCUCCUUUAUUAAUUGUGUAGCUGCAACUAAUCGUUGACGGUUUUGUCUUCGUUUGUUUUUCUAUAGCGCGAUUUCUCCGCUAUAUGCACGUUUUUCAGCGAAAGGGCUUUUUCCUACCCUGGCACUCGUGUCCUGUUGGUUUUGCUCCUCUGCUGCUAAGCAUGGACUGGGUUUUUAUGCCGUUCUGCUGUUUUUUGUUUUUUUUGUUGUUGUGUACAAUCCUGCAAAGUGCCAUUUUUACUCCAGCAGCUACGAAAAUUAUGGUCACAGCUAAACCACAGUGGAAUCAUGCAAAGUCAGUACAAAAUCAUUUCCUAAAGGAUGCAUUAUGUAAUAUUGACAGUUUGUGUAAUGCAAUUUACUCACUCAGAGUUUCCUGGGCAUUAAAUCCAUCACGACGUUGUUUACAGAUUUAAGAGGAAGUAAAUUGCGCUUGACGUUUGGUCAGUUCUGCGGUGUAAAAUAAACACGAGUCAUAUCACUACCAAGUUUCAGUGGCAUUGCAACCAAACGUUGAAUAGCACCUCGAGACGUCAGCAUGCAAACGUGACCGGUUUUUUUUACAGCCGUGUGGACGUGUAUCUCUGUUUUCCUGCGUAUGUGUUGGUGCGUGUGCUUUGACUUCUUUUUUCAGAGCUCUGCUGCUUACACAAACAGUGGAGCAUCAUGCUUGAUCGGUUGUCCAUGCUUUAGCUACUGGCUUUUUAAAAGGGAGUUCUACAAAUGUAUGAUUCUUCACAGCACCACAAGAUUUCAAUUUAGAUAUAUUUUUUUUAUUUCUAUACAUUACUGUAUUGGUAAUCUGUUGGUUGUGUAAAUAUCACAUUUUGGAGUAUUUAAGCCACCACAAGUUCCAUUUCAGUUGUAUUACUGUUCGUGUCUCACAUUUCUGAUCUGAUUUCAUGUUUUCAUUUGUAGUUUUAUUACUUUUCCAUUUGAGAAUGAUAAACAACUGCGGCUGAAAGGGUGAAGCAUGUCAGCCUCGUCACCAGCACUGAGAAGAUGUGACUAUUAUUCAUAUCACAAUUGAAAUGUGAAUGUGAUCUAACUAGCUACAGAAGAAUUGACUUAAUGUUGUUUGUUUUGUUUUUUCAAGGAUUAUGCCAAGAUGUCUGAAUCACAGAUGCUUUUUAAAAAAGAAAAUGUGAAAAGGCCUAAAAAUGGUGCUGAUCCCUUAUUUUUGGCUUUUUAAAAUAACCUUUAAAUGGUUAAAUGGAAAGUUCACCCAACAUUUGGCAGUUCUUUUAUCAUUUACUACACUCAUAUUGUUCCAAACCUGUAUUGCUUCCUUUUUAUUUAUGGAACACAAAAGGAGAAAUUUAGCAGAGCUUUCAUGCUGCUCUUUUCCAUACAGUUAAAGUGGAUGGAGACCAGAGGCUGUCAGGCUCCAAAAAU